UGCAAGAAGAUGGCGAAUGCAACAACAGCAGCAGCAGAAGUGAAAGAUUUUCGUGCAAAUGAAGAAAUUAAAGAAGACAAAAGAAAACUUGAAGAGACAGUGACAAGCCCAGUUAAGAAGAAGUCUGAAAAGGUGGACAUACUCCUUAGGGCAACUGGAGAUGCCCCUAUUAUGAAGAAGAAGAGAUGGGCUGUAGACCAAUCCAAGAAAAUCGCCUGGGUCAUUGACUUCAUUAGGAAGUACAUCAAGUGUGAACCUUCUGAAUCAUUGUUCCUGUAUGUAAAUCAAGCCUUUGCUCCGUCACCAGAUCAAGAAAUUGGAAAUCUCUUUGAGUGCUAUGGGAGUGACGGAAAACUAGUCCUACAUUACUGCAAGAGUGAAGCGUGGGGUUGAUGAGACCAGUCAAUGCUCUGCUGGUGUUUUUAAGGCUGGAAUCUGUUAUAACCUUUAAGUGCAAUUUUAUGUGACAUAUGGUGAUUUUGAACUCCUUACUAUGCCAAUAGAUCAUUUUAUUGUUGAAUAUCCUUGAAUAUGAGUACCUAAAUAUGAGUGAGUGGUCCUUAAGCUAGUUAUUUCAUUUGCUAACAAAUUCUACCAAAGACUUGAUGCAAUGUAUGUAACAGGCUGUUGAAUUAAGUGGUUGGAUUUGUUUUCACAAACUGCAUGUCCACCAACUAAACCUUGUAAAACGGUAUGGUGUUAACAAGGUUUCAGUAAAAUGCCUUGCAACAAAAGCCAUUUAACUUUUACAAUACAAUUGCACAGACUUAUCGGUUGUAGGAUCCUACUUCAUGGCAGAAAUCACUCAUACUGAGUUUAUUUAAUGCGACUGCAUUCUCUUUCUACCAGACUUUUUCCCAAAACAUUGAAUUCAUACUUUAGUAGGAAAAGUAUCAUGCCCGUUGAUUAAAGCGGUCCAAUUUUAAUCUUUCUUGCAUUGUCUGAUUGAUUACUGAAACAUCAUAAAUACAGCAGGGGCUUUUCUUUACUUCAAGUAAAGACAUUUAACUUUGGUUAUAUUAGACAGGAAGACUCAGUAGAUAAAGUUAAAGCCUGAACAAGUCAAAAACAAAUUUAACCCAUUUCAGAGGGAUAGGGUGAACAAACUAAUUUUUAGACUCUAAUGAAGGCAUUAGAAAGUUUAAACUAAAAAAAAAAAAGAGAACAUGGACAAUUUAUUUUAAAUGAAAUUAAAAAACGGGGGGAAACUUUAGGUGGAACCGUAGCAAACACAGCGACUUUGCUUUGUCGCCUCAAUUGAGGCAGGUUUGAAUGUCAAGCAAACUACAUGUGUUGCUUAACAAUCAAUUAUCAGUUUCCAAUUGAAUUUCUUUAAUGUAAAUAUUUAUAACUGUAAAUGUACAAAUAGAAUACUGUAAUAAAUGAAAACAAAUUCAAAUUGAUUAUGUUAUCUUUUUGUAAAUGAUCUUCAAAGGUGUUUUGUGAAUUUCAAUUAAUCGAUUCUUUGUUUUCAAUUUGAGCUUGUAUUUAACCUUAACACACUUUUCAUAUAUAAAAAAUUGUACCCAAAAUAAUAACCACAUUUGACCUGUUUGAAGACACAAUGGCAAAUGCCCAAGUUUAUUACAUCAGAGAACCCGUUAAUAAUACAUGUUUUUAUUAUCGCAAGUAAAUGUACAAACUAAACUAUUAUCUCUCAAAAUCAAUUAAUUUAUUACGAACAAAAUGAUCAAUACAUGGAAUUAAAUUGAUCAGAAGAAAAAGAAAGGCCACAGAUAUUUUUACAAUAAGUGCGUAAUAAUGUUAUCAUCGACACCCAUUACAUUUUUUACAUUAGUAAUGAAUAUUUGGACGGAUACAGGAAUUUAAUAAUAAGAGUAGAAAAUGGGACGGAUUUUUCCAACGAGAGCUGAAUAAAUUGAAGCAAGCAUUUACAAACGUCCCAAAAGUAGCAAUAAAGCAAUUAUGUACAAAACAAAUCAUAAAUAUCUGUCAAAUACCUGUUAAUUUUAUUUGUGUUACCAGUAAAUUAAACUUUAAUUGAGUGCUUCCAAGAAGAAAAUAAAUCAGUAAGCAAAA